AUGCCUGUCUGUUGCAUUUUAAAGUGUAGUUCGCGGAAAAGCAAAAAUCAGCCUCGAUUGACGCAUCACAGAUUUCCAAAGAACGAAGGAUUGAGAAGGAAGUGGUUAGAGGCUGUUGGCGAGGAAAAUAUUAACCCUCGGCACAAAGAGUGGUAUCUUUGUUCUUUGCAUUUUGAAGAAAGCUGCUUCAAUAGAACUCUUGAUGUCACAAGAUUACGUGAUUAUGCAGUCCCUUCAAUAUUUCCAGUGGACACCAUAAAAGGCACAGACAGCACAAAAGUUGUGCCCAGUUCAUCUCAGCCCAAAAAUUUACCAGGUGCAAAACGUGGAAGUGAAGGAUGUAUUUGCAAAUUUUGUCGAAGAGAAAUUAUCGGGCUCCAAUACAUUUGCGUGCAAUGCGUGAACGUGAAAUUAUGCAGUAAGUGCGAGGCAAAGGGCUGUCAUUGCCUGCAUUACGUGCUGAGGAUACCCGAGUCCCGGCCAAAGGAGGAGGUCAAGAGAGUAUUGUGCCGCGUCCGCCGCGAGCUGAAUGCGGGGCUGCAGCCCGUCGUAGCCAAUGACCCUGACAACAUCGACGAUGUUGAGGACACCGACAACGCUGAGGACACCGACGACGCGGACGAAACCGACAACGCUGACGAAACCGACAACGUUGACAUCAUCAAAGAGGAAGUGAAGGAGGAGCCAGGCACUGGGCCUGAUGAAGAUUUUCUCGACAACGCUGUUUACGAUGAGGAGCUUACAAAGGAAAUGGACAUCAAGCUCGAAGAGGAGUGGCUUGAUGAAGCGAAGGAAGAACAAAACUUCUCCGUGUUCACGCACACCGCGGUUGAAACCACGACAGAUAAGAUACGCCAAAAACGACCCUCGCAUAAUAUUACCACAGCACCUCAAAAGGAACCACACUUCAGUUUAGCAACUAACGCACCCAGCUGCAGUGGAUCUGGGGUUGACAUAGACAAGCAUUUAAAAAUAAUGACCAUAGUUCCAUAUCGAUUGAACGAAUUGUCAAAUUUUACGGUGUACACACAUGCGACGGAAAGGCAAACAAACAAAGCUGCCCAACCUAGAGCCAACGAAGAAGGGAGUUCUGUGAAGAAGAAAAAGAAGUAACUUUAGUUUUAUUAGUAUUUUCGUUUGUAAAGGGUGGCUCUACUUUUCAUAACACUUGUAGUACUACUUUUAAAGUGUGAGCUAUUAGAGUUUCACGUAAGUUGAUUUGCAUUAUCAACUACACGAACGACUGUGAUUACUUGUUCCUCUUGUUAAAUGUAAGUAGUCAGAUAUCAACAGCUGUGGUAGCCUAAGGGUUUGACCAAUUGCCUCACAAGUAUAGGCUGUCGGUUCGAAUCCGGGCGCGCUUCUCUGACCUUCUAGGAAUUUACGUGUGCGAAAUUUAAUCUGAAAUUUACCAUGAACUUUUAGUGAAGGUAAAACAUACCUGCUCAUCAAAGAAGGUUCACAACCCUCGGAAAACGUGUGAGUGUCAGAUAUUACAAGUAACGAUUGUCAGUCUCAGG